AUGUCCACCCUCGAAGAAAAGAUCUCCCUCUUAUACAACUACUCCGCCUGUGAUGUCUCCGACGCCCUCCUCAAACUCCAACCCGUCCCUCCCAACACCCCACCCCGAGCAGGCUACAUCGCAGACCUAACACCCUACUACCCACCCUCCAACACCCAACCAAAAACACCCCCCAAACUAAUCGCCCCAGCCAGCACCCUCCAAUUCAUCCCCAAAUCCACCCCUACCCCCACAACAUCAAAGGCAAUCCCCCCCUCAACGCACUGGUCCGACCUGACCACACCCUCCACCAUCCUCGUAAUCUCCCAACCGGGCGACCAGCACUGCGCCGUCGUCGGGGGUAUCAUGGCCCUGCGGAUGAAAGUCCGGGGUGUGCUUGGCGUGGUAGUGGACGGGAGAGUGCGCGAUCGCGCGGAGCUCAAGGCCUCUGGGCUGGGGAUCUGGGCGAGGGGAGGGUCGACGGUGGGGAGUGGAGCGGAGGCGAAGGCGGGGGAGAUGGGUGGGGAGGUUUGUGUUUCGGGGGUGACUGUACGAGAGGGAGACAUCAUCUUCUGCGAUUACGAGGAAGGAGGAGUGGUGGCUAUACCUCGGGAGUUGCUGGAUCGGGUGCUCGAGGUGAUGCCGAAGUUGGUGAGCAUGGAUGAUAAGGUUAAGGAGGCGGUAGAGGGGGGGAUGAGUGUUUUUGAGGCGUUUGGGAGGUUUAGGGGCAAGAUUUAG